UAUUAUUUUCUUUCAAACUGGAUUAGUGUUCGAUGUCAAUUUUGUAGCUCUUAUUCAAUUCAAAAAAUUGACUUUUUCCGCUAAUUUUUUGCGAAAUGUGAUAAACAUGUCUUCGGAAACAUAUUACGAUGAUUUUCUUUACCCUAUUCUCUAUCGGGAAGGAAAUAUCUUUGAAUUUUUUGACAAAAUAUUUGAUUUUUUAUACCGAAGGACUGAUUUUUUCAAGUUUAAAGAUGAAUCUUCUACUCUUGGACUAGCUGAUGGAGAAGCGGAAAAAAUUGUUAGAACUGUAUUUUGUAAGUAUAUGGAAAAAGCUGUUGCAGAGCACAGAAGCCAAAUAAUAUCUGAUGUGGAACCUGUUCCUUUAGAUUUCGUUGCUGAAGAAACCGUUGUUACCACAUCUAACCCAGAAUGUGAUGCAGUUCCUUUGACACCUUCAAUAGAAGAAUGCGUUGACUCUAAAAAAGCAGAAAUUCCAGUAAGGCGAGAGGAGGAUGAAACGGAUCCUAAAGUACCAAUAAUGGAUCCAGAUUCCUACAAUGGUGCUUGUUAUGAUGAUUAUUCUUGGGCUCAGACAAUUCGAGAUGCAGAUAUUCAUAUAAAGGUUCCUGCCAAUGUUACUUCUGGAAAGCAAGUUCGUGUGAAUAUUCAACAUGCACAUGUAAAGGUUGAAUUAAUGAAAAAUAAUGAAUGGUCUACUCUAAAAGAAGGAGAUUUAUCUUGGAGGAUUAAUGUUGAAGAAUCUACAUGGACAUUAGUUCCAGGGGAAGAAAUUCAUAUAUGUCUUCAGAAAAUACAAGAGAGAUGGUGGGACUCAUUUUUUAUUGGCGAGCCCAAAAUAAACCUUAGAGCUAUAGACCCUAGCAUUCCAUAUGAAGAUUUAGAUCAAGAAUCUCAAGCAAAAAUUGAAGAACUUAUGUACAAUGAACAUUUGAAACGUCUUGGAAAACCUACUAUUCAGCAAAGUAAAAUUCAGAACAUUUUGAAAGAUGCUUGGGACCGUGAUGGAUCUCCAUUUAAGGGUCAACCAUUUGAUCCAAGUGUUUUAGACGCGAGUUCUGCAAAUGGAUCAAUAUAAGGGUCAGUCACAUGCCUGGUCCUAUCAUGCCAAUAAGCAAUCAUUUUGAAAAUCAAUAUAUGUCCUGAUUUGUGCAAGUGAUUGUUUGAAUGCUUGCAAGAUUGCCGAAAGAUCUAAAUAUCAGCAAGAAUUUAUUUAAUGCCAUUUUGACAUAAUCUGAGCUUCACAUUGCUGUAAAAUUUGUCCUUAACCAUUGAACAGAGUAUGAAUCAUAUCAUAGAGAAUCAAGAAUUGUUGAAUUAUUCAAAUAUGGAUCAAAAUUAGGUGAUAAAACUUCUCCAGUUAGCAUACAAGCAAUGGGGACAGUUUAUAAAUACAGCAGAAAGGUAUUUAAAUUAACGAAAGAUAAAUUACGCCAAAUACUUUAUUGAAAUUCUUUCAUUUUAAAAGUUCAUUUUCCUUUUGUACAUACUAUAAUUAUGUAUUAAUUAGUAUUUUACUCUGUAGCACUUUCAUGUCUGUACUAUUUUUUGCACCUUGUA